AGGCAUCCCAGCGCGGCCGGCGAGCCGCGUGCGAUGGCACGUUCGCCACUUCGCCCCCAAGUGGCGUAGCUCACUCGCUUCCAGGAGACGACGCAUGUUGGGCGGCAGAGUAUGGAGCAUCCUGGCUGGCAGUGCUUUCGUCACGGUGCUGUUCCUCAGCGAGCUGGGGCUGCUCGGCCUCGGGGACCGGCGGCUGGACCCGCAGCAGAUCCGCGCGUCCGGAAGGCCGCCCGCCGCUGCGGAUGCGGCGGCGGCCGCCACGCCUUGCCCGACGCCGCCUCCGCUGCCCCCACGCACGGCGACCACCACCACGACCGGGGCAUUUCCCCGCGAGGCUCAUCGAGCGUUGGAUCCGAAUACCGUGGAGCUCGUCAUCGCCUCCUACUGCGAGGAUAAUAGUUGGUUCAAGACAUACCCGGGCCCUAUUACGAUCUACUCGAAGAAGAAGGGCUGCGCCGGUACCUUGCAACAGGCGGUGGACCAGUCGGCGUCGACGCGCGGCCGCGUCGUCGAGCUGCCCAACGUGGGCC